AUGUUUCACAAAAUAAAGAAAGCCUCCUUCGUGGGUGCCCUUGGUCUGUUUACAGCUCUGUCUGUAGCAAGCCCGGUUGUACCCUUAGAGGCGAGAGAAGCGGUGGCUGAGAUUAAUCUCGCCACCAAGGGCGUGGGACCUAUCGCCCAGUAUCGGAUUGUUGCGUUGACCUAUUUAGGCAACAAUGUUAUCCUCGCAUCCUACGAUGGCCGGCCCGAUGGAGGGGAUUCUCCGUCUCCGAACUCAAUUCUGCAACGCCGCAGUACGGACAAUGGUGCGACCUGGAGCGAGCCCACCUUCAUCGCCCAAGGCCAGAUUAAGAACUCUACGGCCCUCCAGUACGGCUUUAGCGAUCCUAGCUAUAUCUAUGACCGCGAGACUGGAAAGGUUUUCAACUUUCACGUGUUUUCUAAGGACCAGGGCUUCCGUGGUGGCGUCCUUGGAAAUGAUGACAGCAAUCGCAACGUUGUUAGCUCUGAGGUCUCGGUUUCAACCGAUAAGGGACUUACCUGGUCUACGGACCCUUCGAAUCAGCCUAACCUCCCCCUGUUGCCGCUGGCAGUCAAGCCUAAUGGUAGUACUGUGAAUGGAAUCGCAAAUGUGGGCGGUGUUAAAGCUAUGUUUGCGGCAUCUGGGGAGGGGAUCCAGCUCCGAUAUGGGUCUAAGGCUGGACGCCUUGUACAGCAGUUUACCGGAAGUGUCGUACAAUCCGACGGUUCGAUCACCAACCAAGCCUACAGUGUCUACAGCGACAAUGGAGGAGACACAUGGCAGAUGGGUAAGCCUAUUGGCAAAGGCAUGGAUGAGAACAAGGUUGUUGAGUUGUCAAACGGUACCUUGAUGGUAAACUCGCGCCCCGGUGAUGGAAGUCAACACCGCAUCAUUACGCUCUCUAAUGAUGGUGGCGAGACUUACGGAACCCCCCGCAUGGAGACUCAGCUCCCCGACCCCGCGAAUAAUGGUGCUAUCACUCGGGCCUAUCCCGAUGCUGCCCAGGGCUCUGCAGAGGCUAAGGUCUUGCUUUUCACCAACGCCAAUAGCAAGUCCGCUCGCGUGAAUGGUACCAUUCGUUACUCUUGUGAUGAUGGAAAUACUUGGUCCUCUGGCAAAGUUUUCAGAUCCGCUACCAUGUCGUACUCCACAAUCACUGCUAUUGGUGAUGGCAAAUUUGGACUGUUCUUCGAGGCCGCGAACAACGACUUGCAGUUCGUUGCUCUUACCAAGGAAUGGAUUGGCAUUUCUUGCUGA